AUGCAUUGGGCUGAUUAUGACCAAGUAGAGAAUCUAAAACAUCAAACUGUUUCCAAAGCUGUUAUUUCUGAACAAUUAGUUGUUGAGGAGAAUGACAGAAAAAUUGGUAAUAUAUAUAAAAGAGAUCUAUUGGAAAAUUUUCCAACUCAAACUGAGAAUCAUAUAUUUUUGCGACAUGAUGGCCCAUUAUCAGCUUUAGAAAUUAUAGAAUGUGCCAAAGAGCAAGUACAAAAUCUAGAACAUCAACCUUUUUCUAAACAAUCUGUAUUUGUUGAAAAUUAUAAGGUUGAAAACGUAGACGAUGAAGAAAAUUAUAUAAUUUUUCAAGAAGUAAAAUAUACUAUUAAAGAAUUUUGCGAAUAUCCACGUGAAGUAAACAACGGAUUUAGAAUGGAAGUAAAAGAUAUGUUAAACACAGUUCAAGAAUUACAAAAAGAUAUAGAAGAAUUAGAAAAUUUUUAUUGGUAUAUAGAUUUUGGAAG